AAGCAAAUCCAGAGAAAUUCAACAGCCGAUUUAGAAAUAAAAUGUUUUAUGCAGGGGCAGCCUUUACAGACUUUCUGCAAAGAAGCUCAAGAGAUUUAUCCAAGCAUGUUAAAGUUGUGUGUGAUGGUACAGACCUGACUCCAAAGAUCCAGGAGCUGAAGUUCCAGUGUAUAGUGUUUUUAAACAUACCCAGGUAUUGUGCUGGCACAAUGCCCUGGGGAAACCCUGGAGAUCACAGAGACUUUGAGCCUCAGCGCCAUGAUGAUGGCUACAUUGAAGUCAUUGGGUUCACCAUGGCCUCACUGGCUGCUCUCCAGGUGGGUGGUCACGGAGAGAGAUUGCAUCAGUGCCGUGAGGUGACACUUUUAACAUACAAGUCUAUUCCCAUGCAAGUGGAUGGUGAACCAUGUCGAUUGGCUCCCUCACUCAUUCGAAUCUCCUUAAGGAACCAAGCCAACAUGGUGCAGAAGAGCAAGAGGAGAACAUCCAUGCCUUUGCUGAAUGAUAUCCAUAAAGUGCAGUCUGCUGACCUGAGGAGAGUUUCAGCUCCCCCCGAUUCCUUCACUGUCCCUCAUUCCAUCCCAGAUCGCCUGCGGAUCAGAGUAAACAGGAUUAAUUUACAAGAAUAUGAGGGGCUACAUUACGACAAAGAAAAACUCCGGGAAGCUUCCAUUCCUCUAGGAAUUAUAGUUAUACGAGGAGAUUGUGACUUGGAGACCUGUCGUAUGUACAUUGAUCGUCUACAAGAGGACCUACAGUCGGUAACUUCUACUACACAGAGAGUUCAUUACCAGGACCAGGAAAGCUCUUUCCCCAGAGUACUUUCUGUUCAGAAGCUCUCUCCUAGAUGGUGCUUCCUAGAUGCAACUUCUGCUGAUCGUUUUUACCGCAUUGACAGAUCUCAGGAACAUUUGCACUUUGUGACGGAAAUUUCGCAGGACGAGAUUUUUAUUCUGGACCCAGAGCUGGUAAUGUCACAGCAGGUGGGGACGCCACCAGGAAUGCCUGAUCUGGUAGUGGAGCAGGCCUCUGGAAUAUCAGAUCGGUGGAACCCUGCAGUUCGAAAGAGGAUGCUGAGCGACAGCGGCCUCGGCAAGAUUUCCCCACACUACGAGGUACCUGACAAACAAAAGGACGCCAGCCAGACACAUAUGCUGCAGUCACCGGUCUCUUCAGAAGAUCAAGCACUUUUACAGGCAGUCAUAGCUGGUGAUCUGCUGAAGUUCAUAGAAUGCUGUAAAAAAGGAGCCAAUUUGUUAAUGCAAGGACCGGAUCACUGCUCCUUGUUGCACCAUGCUGCCAAGACUGGGCAUGGCGAGAUUGUGAAAUACAUCCUGGAGCAUGGUCCAUCUGAAUUACUGGACAUGACAGACAGUGAAACGGGUGAGACAGCAUUACAUAAGGCAGCCUGCCAGCGCCACCGUGCCGUCUGCCAGCUCCUGGUGGAUGCGGGAGCCUCUCUGAGAAAGACGGACUCCAAGGGUAAGACCCCUCGUGACAGGGCUCAGCAAGCUGGUGACCCAGAUCUGGCCUCCUACCUGGAGAGUCGACAAAACUACCAAAUGGUUUCCCACGAGGAUUUGGAGACAGCAGUCUGAUGUCUGAAAAUGUCGAAGAGGAUCCUCGGAAAUCGCAAGGCUGCACCUGAGGCACUCGGGCAUCAUGUGAAGAAGAAGCUGAUGGAAUCAACGUGUCUCUCACUCGCGUGGAAAAUACCUGAGGACAUGCCACCAGUUUCUAAGGGCUACUGAGUCUUGCCACGGAACAGUUAGGUUCCAUAAGUUAGCCCAUGAUGGAUGAGGCGAGACACUCAAAGGUCUGUGGAAUCCAUGGGCCACGGAAAUUUACCUUUAUUGCUUCCAGCAAGUAGCAUGAACUUCUCCCAUGUUCAUCUGUACAAUUUAUUUAAAAAAAAAAAAAAAGGAAAGAGAAUAGAGGGUGUGGAGGAACAAAACUGGGACAUUAAAACACCCACCCAGGCCCUCCUCCAUCCCUAUAGUUUCCUGCAUUCCUUUUAUUCUCCCAUUCCCCUCACUUCUCAUCAGUUAAAUAAUACCUGUUAU